UAAGCGAGGUUGCAAGUUUAGGUUUUGAUUCGCGAUUAAAAAACAUUGUGUGAUAAUCACAAUGACUGCGACACGACCAAUGGAUUUACCAUUGCCUUUUAACAUAAAAAAAGAAAAAGAUGAAAGAAUAAGUGAAAUUGAGAGUGCAGAAUUUUACAGUGAAGACAAUGAUAGUAUGUGUUCACUUCUACAACCACUUAUAUUCGACAAUGAUUGUUUUAGUAAAGCUGAUGCCAAAGAUGAAUUUUUACAGCUUACUUCUUUGGUGAGAAGAGUGUAUUUUUCUUAUCUACAUAAAUCUAUUAUCAACAAUUAUAAUACUUGUUGUACAGCAAUAAAAGAGAAAAAAAUUUCUAAAGCUGAAUUGAAGAGAUGUGCUAGUUUAUUAGAAUUAAAUGCUGUUAAAGCUUCCCUAGCAACGUCUUUAUAUAGACAAGCAAUGCUCAAAACGAUAUCAGAUAUAAAAGAUAAUACUAAUCAACGAAAAAUUCAUAGUAAAUUAGCUAUUUUUCUUGAUUCUUCUCCUAAGACUGUUGAUGUCUCUGUGCAAACAUCAUUUGAUGUGAGUCCUAUUGAAGCAACAUAUUUAAAUAUGCAGCAAAAUACUCAAUCGCUUUAUAAUUCAGAUAUUCAGCAGUUUGAAAAUGAAUCAAAGUGCGAUGUUAGUUUAUUAGAAAAAAAUCAAACUAAUAUCAUUGAUGAAAUAGAAAAAGAAAUAAAAGUUAAUGAAGAAGAUAAAUGGGAUAAAAAAGAUAAAGUAGAAUUACUAGAUACUUCUAGUAAUAAAGAUGAUGAAAUGAACAACAUUGAAGACUGUAAGAAUAAUAAUAAGAAAGUGACAAUUGUAAAUAAUAGUGUUAGUGAUAAUACAAAUGUACCGGAUAUAUUUGAUGAAGAAACAUUAAUUGAUGUAAGGAGUACAACACAAAAUGAGGACCAAGAGUCUAGAGAUUCACUGAUAGAAAAUUUAGAGAACAUGUUUGGUGAAAGUGAUGAUAGUAGUGAUUUAAUGACGUUAAUAGAAAAACAUUCAGGUGUGUCUAAAACGAAUAUGGAUAAAGAAAUAAGUAAAAUGUGUACUGAAACGUCUACUGCAACAACGAAGAAUAAUGCAUCUUCUGUAAAGAUGACAAAAAAAUUGGAAAUUAAAGAAAAUACCUCUGUUGAUCAACAACAUAGUGGAAAAAGAAAAUUAUCAUUUUCAAAUUAUCAAAAGUUGAAAAAACGUGCUGUAGAUGAAAGUGGCAAUUCUUUGCCAGAAGAGAAUAAAGAAGAUUUGAUAAUGAAGAAAAAAAAAGGCAUUUGGUUUGUUGAACGAGUUCAUCAAGUUUUGAAAUUGAAGAAUAAAAUGAUGGAAUUAUCUGUCAAGAAUUAUAGGAAACAUGGAAGAUUAAGAGCUAAGUUUAUUGAACUUUUUGGGGAAUCUGAAGAAGAAGAAGAAAUGAUGCCCGAAUCUCCGAUCCAUAUUGAAGAACAUUUGACUGCUUGUAGAGAAAGGAUUGCUCCUUGGGUUGUAAAAUAUUUGAUGCCUUAUUAUAAUAAAAAAAUGAUCCAAGAUAGAUUGCUGUUCAAAGCAGUCGGUAAACAUAUUUCGGAUAUGCUUCUUAUUGAAAACACAUUUCCAGAAGAGGAAUGUGUGAAUCAAUACAUAAAGAACUUUUUCCGAAACAAGCCUAUUAUAAAAUCAGAAGCAGAUAUAUACGUAUAAAUUUUUAUGCAAGGAUAUAAUGAUAGUGUAGAUACAGUGAUUACCUACUUUAAAAUAAUUGUAAUACAGAUGAAAGAAAUACUUAAUCAAUAAUUAUUAUUUCAUUUACAAUUCAGUAUUAAUUAAACUAAUUUUUUAAUAUUAUUUAAUUAAA